CGGCGACUUUCAGUUCAAUACACACGAUGAAUUUUCACAUUCACCACUCAAUUUUGUACCACUACUACUACGCGAAAUACUAUCCUCAUUCACCAGUUUACGUGGUAUAACAUAAAAUUGCAUUAUUCCUUAAUCUUCUCACUGAGAGUUAAGUCUUGCAUAAGUAAAGAGAGAAAUUAGUGGAACGAGACUCGAAUGAAUUGUGUUAUUUUGUGUGUUUCGAAACAAUACGCGAAUCUCAAGAUAUGUUCUGAAGAUAUUAUAACUGGGUCAGGAUAUUUUUAAGAAAUAUGUCACUAAAGAAAGAAUCUCUGUCCGACGUACAAUUACAUUUAGCAGCCCUCAACGGAGAUCUACCCUUAUUAAGAAGAAUAUUGGAUAGUGGGAAAGUCCAUGUGGACUCUAAAGAUAAGGAUGGAACCACUCCUUUAAUAUUAGCAGCGGCGAAUGGACACUACGAAUGUGUACAGGAAUUGAUAGAGCAAGGAGCAGAUCCAAGGGCUAAAAGAAUAACAGGUACAACACCUUUGUUCUUUGCAUCACAAGGAGGAUUUCUGGAUAUUGUUCAGUAUUUGCUAGCUAGAGGAGCCCCUGUGGAUUCAUUAAGUGUAGAUGGAGGAAGUGCUUUAUUUGUGGCUUGUCAAUGUGGACACAUAGACGUUGUGAAGGAAUUAAUUAAACAUGGUGCCCAAGUAAAUACUCACAUGAAGGAUAAAGCAAGUCCGCUUUUUAUAGCUGCCCAAAAUGGCCAUUACAAAAUUUUGUUAUAUUUAUUAGCACAAGGAGCAGAAACGGAUUCUCGAAGAACGGACGGAGCGACUGCAUUGUGGAUAGCCGCACAAAUGGGUCAUGAUCACAUAGUGGCACAACUUUUAAGGGUGGGAUCUAAGGUAGACGCAGCUAGACAUGACGGAGCAACACCUCUUUUCAAGGCGUCUCAUAAAGGACAUUCUGCAGUAGUGGGAGAACUAUUAAAAUACAAGCCUUCAUUGGGAAUUCUUCCAAAUGGAGAGACAGCCUUACACGCAGCGGCCUUUUCCGGAAGUCUUCCAGUCUGCAAGCAAUUGAUGGCUGCUGGAGCAAAUCCGUGCAUGAAAAACCAAGAACAUAACACACCUGCAGAUAUUGCCAAGAAGCACAGGCAUACCUCCGUUUACGAAUAUCUAAAAGCAUGUGAAACCCGUGGCCAAACAAAAUAAAAAGAUCGAUAAUUUGUAUAAUAUGGUUUUAAGUAAUUACUGUAUUAACAAAAUGGGUGUUACAAUUGGGAAAUGUGAGCUCGAAUUUCUAAUUUUGUUGAAUAAAAAUUACAUAAAAAUAUGUAAAACGGCUAGAAAAGAAAACUGCAAAAUUGAAUUUGAAAUUUAAAUUACUGAUCUGUUAAUAUCUAAAUGCCGAUUAAAGUUAAAAUAUCGGAGGUUAUUAGUAAGAGAGCGAUUGGGUUGUAAUUUGUAUUGUCAUAUUUGUAUUGUCAUAUGCCAUAAGAUCAUAUGGCUCAAGUGAGCUCAUUGAAAUUAAUUACUAUAACUAAAAUUAGUGUGAAUUCCCAUUCUUGUCUGUCAUUCCAAUCUCCAGCCUGAAGAUUCCUCUCCCACGCCUUCUAACCAUGUCUGUUUUGGUCUUCCUCUUUUCCUUCUUUCAACCGGAACAUACUUUAUUAUUUGCUUAAGAAGUCGUAUAUCGUAUAUUCUUUGGACAUGGUCAUAUUAAAUAAGUUAUCUGCCUUAAAUUUCUUCUAUAAUAGUUCUUGAGUUUCAUAUUUUGUCCUAUUCGGUUGUUGUCUAUAUUUUCCAGUCUUGAUUUUCUGGCAGAUCUGAGCCCUGUACAUUUCUAAACACAAUAAGCGCCGUUCUAAGAUUUGUUUAGCUACCAUUCUUCGCAUACAUACAGUACGAUACUUUUGAAGAUUAAUUUACACAGGUUUUUUUAUUUCGCAGAAAGAGAGGAAAUGCUAUUCUUUAAGUCCUAAUUUUGGCUUGUGUAUAAAAGAAAAUAAAUAACUGUCAUAUAUUAAAUUUUGUUCAUACACUGAUAUGAUAUAUUCAGUCACAUGUUAUAAAGAAAAAUUAACGCAGAAAAUCCAGGUUUGAGUGCAAUUCCGGCAUAUUUAUAAUGGGUAUAUGUACUAUAUAUUUACCUUUUGUAACACCUAAAAUUAGUUAAAAUUAAAAUAGCUAAAAGCAAUGUAUUCAAGACUUAGUUACUGUGCCUUUAAAACUAUUAGACUACUUCUGUAAGUAUUAUUGCAUUGGUGUCAGUUUAAAAUGUUUAUAUUUUCAAGUUUUUAAAAACUAAAAUAGGUGGUUAAUUAAAACAACAUAUUUAUUUCCAGAGAACAUAACAAGGGCAAUAUAGUACAAAAUUCUCUACUUUUUUCUUUUUAAUUAUCUCUAUCCACUGUGAAAGGUUCUUAACAAAGAAGUUCUUUUAUGUAGUUCAAAUACGUUAACACAACAUAAAAUAACAUUCAUAGUAAAGAUAUGACUAUAAAGACUAGUAAAUACUAUGACUAAGAUUUCAAAGAGUUGAUAUAGGUACGCGCGCACUUGAGCUCGGUUAAUGUAUUUACAUAUUUCGUGACAUGUAGAUCCAUAAAUUAUGGUUGUUAGUUUUUGGAGGAAGAAGAACAACAAAAUAUGCUUAGAGAAUGAAAGAAUGAUAAAUGGGUGCAUCAAAUUUGCGAAAAGGGAAACACGGAAUGUGAAUUUGCUACUUUAUUUCCUGAUGUAAUCAAUCAUCAUUUUUGUAAAGUGCACACUGAGUUAUUUGAAUACACAAAGACAUUAAAUUGCCGAUGAUUGUGGUGUGUUCCAUUACCGGCCGGUUCGGACAAGUGUGCGCGUACCUUAAUGGAUAUAGAGGAGGGAGCUGAUUGGCAAUGCUGGUCCAGAGUCAAUUAUUAAAAAAGCAAUUUCUAGAAAAUUUUGUGAAUAAUAUGAAUAUAUUAAUUUCUGCUACAUUUAUAAUUAACAACCUAGGACCAUUAAUGCCGGACAAAAAAUUCGCACAAAUUAUUCCUGGACAAAAAAUCCCCAGGUAAAAAAUUCCCACAAAUAAUCCCCCACAAAUAAUCUCCACAAAAAAUCCCCAGACAAAAAAUCAUCAGACAAAUAAUCCCCGGACAAAAAAUCCCUACAAAAACUUCCGGUCAAAUAUUUCCCCCAUUUUUUUUUUGAUAAAAUAUCCCCACAAUUUUUUCUGGACAAAAAAUUCCCAAACAAAAAAUUUCCACAAAAAAUCGACGAGAAAUAUUUGCUGCCGAAUAGUUCUCAAAGUUUUUCCGUGAAGCAAUCGACGCAGAUAUUUUCUAGCCUCAGUGCAUGAGAGUAUAUUAGCAAUAGCAAUCGCCAUGAAACCGCUUUUUGGCACAAAAAUAAUGAUGAUAAUGGUUUUUGAUAUAGCUUUUGAAAGCUGACAUAGCUUUUAAAGCAGGUUUUUGAACUGUUGCUUCUGUUUGCAUUGAAUUGAAACUGUUAACUAAAUAUUUUAUACCUAAAAUUUACAAAAAAGGAACAGGUUUUUUUGCAUUACAAUCAAAAUUAUCGUUUUCAGGACCAGUAGUUAUCAUUACCAAUAGGCAAUAUUUUGAACAUAGUUAUUCAAAACAGAGUGAGAAAAAUUAUAGAAAAAAAGAAAGCGAAUAAUAACGACGUGAUUCCCACAGCCUUAGCUCAUUCCACAUAUUUUCCUCGAUUUUUGAAAAAACUCACUCUUUUGUCAUGUAAAAUUUGAAGUUUUCGGCAUGAAUCCGUACUGAGGAAAACCAGUUGGAAUAUGAAAUUUGAAUUCGAAAUUUGGUAAUCGAAAUUACAAUUCAUGCUUAAUCGUACUUGCUAAGCAUUAUUUUCGUGCCGAAAAGUGGUUUCAUGACGAUUGCUUUACCUACUCUCAUACACUGAGACUGAAAAACAUUUGCGUCGAUUGCGUUCACGGGAAAAUUUUUGAGAACUAUUCGGCAGCAAAUAUUUUUUGGGGAUUUUUUGUCCGGAGACUUUUUGUCCAGAAAAAUUUCUGGGGAUUUUUUGUCCGGAAUUUUUUGUGGAGAUAUUUCGUCCAAAAAAAUUGUGGGGAUUAUUUGACCGGCUUUUUUGUGGAGAUUUUUUGUCCGGAUAUUUUUAUGGGGAUUUUUGUCGAGGAAUAAUUUGUGGGGAUUUUUUGUCCCGGAUUAUUUGUGCAGGGAUUACUUGUCCGUACACAAUAAUUAAUUAUCUAUAUAAGUAUAUUAAACUGGCACCGUAACGAAUGUGAAUCUCUAAUGUACAACAAACACUGUAUUGUAUAAACAAUCACGUCUUCGUAUUUAUAGCUCAAUAUUUAACGUGUCAAUUUUCAGUAUUAGUGCAUUUCAUUAUUUGUUAUAUUAGCUUUUGAUACAAUACUUAUAUAUUAAGAAAAAAUGUUAAACCGUUGUUGUGAGUUGUUUUUAAACAUGCUUUCCUGCCAAAAAUAAUAUACAAUAUAAUGGGAUUUAAGAUGUUGAACCUUUGUCGAGCGGCAUAAUUUUACACCGUUAACAGACGGCAUAGGUACAAUUGUACCUGUUGUAUAUUUUCUUAAAAAUUCGUUAAUGUAAAGGGAAAUAUAUGUUAAUUUUUAGAUAAUAUUAUUUAUUACUAGCAUAACUGGUAAAAAAUUGUUGAAUAUUGCAAUAAAUAAGUCAUAGUAUUCGGUAAUUUGUUCUUGUACGGAUUUAUAAACAAAGAUUAGAAGCAGCUAUGACGUGACCGCUCUUAUCUAUCGUAAAUUAUUGAAAUUACUACAGCACUAAUCUUGAAAAUAGUGGUCGUAAACAAAUUCUAGGAAGAAUAGCAUUGUAUUGUAUUUCAAUUGGAAAAAUAUAUCUCAUCCCUAUUUAGUUGUUUGGUAUUUGUCAAUACGUGUAUACCUAAAAAUUAUCAUGAAUAUUAGUGAUUAUAUAUCUAGUUUACCGAAAUGGCAACAAAAGAGGUGUACACCGAAAUAACAAAGAAAACUUGUGCGAGGUGUGGAUUAUGGAAUAUCUGUCACUAAUACACGCAGCAAUGUCUUGUAAUCCUUUCAAGACCAUGCUAAGAUUUAUAUGAUUUGACAACGAAAAUACCUGCGAAGAACGCAAAAAAAAACGAUAAAGCUGCACUCAUAAGAGAUAUAUGAAUGCUGAAUAAAAAUUUGCAACAAGGCUCCAAAACAUCCCAAUGCAUAACCACCGACUAACAAUUGUUUCCAUUUAGAGUCCGUACAAAUUUUACACAAUACCUUCCAAACUCGCUAAAUACGGGAUCAAAGUAUUUUUGGCUUGUGAUGCAUCAAACGCAAAUCUCGUACAAGAUCAUCUUUUUAUUGGAAAAACAGCAAAUGGUUUCCGACAAGUUAACGUUAGAGAACACACAGUUUUGGAUCUGGUCACGUCUUAUGAAGGUUAUGGGCAGAAUGUUACCACAAAUAACUUUUUUACCAGUUUUGAAUUCGCUAAAUUGUUGGAGUUAGAAAAUGGAGAAAGAGCUGGUUUUUCCACUUUCGCAUACAAUGAUGAUGCUACUGUAUGCUCUUAUAUGUGCCAAAGGAGAACAAAGCACUAGUGUUACUCUCGUCCAUGCAUAUGACAGGAAAAGUAGAAGACAGUGAAGUAGCGAAGCCGGAAAUAAUUCAUUAUUACAAUAAAUCCAAAGCGGGAUGGAUAACAUGGAUAAAAUGUUGGGUGAGUAUUUAACCGUAUACUCAACCAGCAUUUUAUAUCGAAUAUUGCGUUGGACCUUGGAUUUUUUUUAUAAUAUGAUUGACGUAACUGGCUUAGCAUGCUACAUUAUACAUCGAGAGCAUAAUCCAUUACAAAAAACAAAAGACUAAGCAGGAAAUAUUUGAAGGAUCAUUCUAAAAAUAUUUGGUUGCCUUCAUUUCAAUCUCAAAGUAAAAACCGGAUGAUGAUGAAGAGUCAUUUUCUUCGUAGUGUUGUAGAAAGAAAUGGUCCUAGGUCGAAACAGAAUAUGUAUUUGCUGUAGAUACUCCUCAAGUAUCUCACAACAUUCGUGAAUCUACUCCAGUAACCGGAAGUUGUCAUUUUUGUUGAAACGAACGGAAAAACAGCGUAAAACGAGAAAUACUUGUGUAGUAUGUUUUCUACCUGUGUGUGACGAACAUUCUUUGUCUAAAUCGGUGGUUCCCAAAGUGGUCCAGGUGGACCUCCAGGGGUCCACGAGGGACUCAACGGGGGUCUACGUUGGCGUGAAAUAAAAAUGGGGGUGCACAAGUUGUAAUUGGGGGUCCACGAACACUUUAUAGUGAUUUGGUAUUUAUUUAAACAAAUUUGCAUUUUUUUAUCGUAAAAUAUCAAUGGGAAAAAAUAAUGUUUUAAUAGUAGGGACUUAAAAAUAGCAUUAAAAUAUAUUAUAACAAGUUAUUUGGAUUAAAAAGUUUAUUUUUAGAUUAUAUAACAAGUUUUUGAUGAAAUUUAGGUGUAGAAAACUUUAAAAUGCCGUUUUUUACAUUCUCCUCCAUUCCCAAAAUACAUGUCUUUCGAUUUGACUGAAAAUUUGCCCACAGAUAACCAAAACACAGGACUUUAAAUGUUAAAAGAAUUUGUAUAGUUUUACAAAACAACAGAAAUACGUGGAAUAAUUAAAGUGUCAAAAAUAUAGGCGGCUGCUGUAAUUAGGUACAAUUAACUCGGAAAAUAUCGGCCCUAUGAAAAUAAUGGUUAAAAAAAUUGUAGUAAUUAUUGUAAAGACGAUUUAUUUGGAACAAUUUUAAUUUCUACCAUUUUUGUCGAAAAGUUACCUCAUACGUACUACCUGAAAUAUUGAUUUUAGCAAAAAAUGAAAAAAAUCAAAAUUGUAUAAAAUUUAAUUCUUUCCACUUUUGUAUAAGUAUAUUUUUGUUCUAAAACUAAUAAUAAACGAGAUAAUUCAAUAAUUCUGCUUUAACUGUCACUAUUUUUGCGCCAUAACUCGGAAAAUAUCGACGGCACAAAAAAUUUAUAAUAAAAGAAAUUAUUGAAACCAUAUUUUUAACAAUUUCCGUCAAAACAGAAUAGAAUCUUGCUGGGGUAGCUCGACAUGCAAGAUCAAAUGCUAACCCGACUGGACUAUAUAAUUUGGACUCAGAUAUUAUUGCAUGUAACUUUUCUUAUAUUGUAAAACUACACAAAUUCUUUUAACCACUUAAAGUCCUGUGUUUUGGCUAUCUGUGGGCAAAUUAUUAGCCAAAUAGAAGAACAUGUAUUUUGGGAAUGGGGGUAAAUGUAAAAACAGUAUUUUAAUGUUUUCUACACUAAAAUUUGAUCAAAAACAUCUUAAAUCAAAAAACUUAUUAUAAUGCCUAAUAAUCACAUUUUUGAGUCCCUUCUAUUAAAACAUUAUUUGUUCCAUUGAUACUUUAUGAUAAAAAAUGCAAAUUCGUUUAAAUAAAUUCCAAAUCACUCCGCCACUGCCACGAUGAGUAGAAUUCUAUUUUGCUGCAAAUUGCUUGCAUAUGCAAUUCUACUGAUUGUGAUUCCACAAUCCUGUGCUUACAAUGUGUAAGUCCUGUGCUUGUUACGUACAGCAUGCCUUGAUGAAGAUAUUCAGACAUACGUUCAACAUUUAAAUGCGCUGAUGACUUCAAAAACAGAUUUGAAGAUAUUUUGAUGAUGGAAAUACCACCACGGGUCAUAAAUCCAUUUGAUGAAACGGAAGUGGUGGAUGUGGUAUUACAAGAGGAACUACUAGAGCUCAGCACCAAUGAAGAGCUGAAGGUGCAAUUUAAAAAAGGCUAUCAAACAUUCUGUCUGCAGGCAGAAAUACCUGAAAAAUAUCCUGGGCUUUGGGAAAUUGCGAGAAAAUUUUUCAUAGCGUUUCCCUCGUCAUACCUUGUCGAAAAAAGGUUUAGUGUAGUUACAAACCUAUUGACAAAAAAAAAGGAACACCAACAAAAGGAAUCCUAACAAAACUAAAGCCAAAUAUUGAUAAUUUGCUGUCAAUCAAUCAAGUACAUCCCUCCCAUUAAAAUUAUUGGGAUUUUUUUUAUUGUUGAUCUGCAUAUUUAAAGUUACGUAACGUUAUUAGUGUUUUAUUUUAAUUCUUUUAAGUCUGAUAUCAUUAUCAUUUUAAUAAAUAGAUCGUAAGAAAAUAUACCUACUAUUUUUUCUUUAUUUUUAUCACUCCGAAUUUAGCACUAUUUUCGAAGACGGAGAACAGGAGUUAGCGAUGUAAUUUCCCGAAUUGCCACCCUGAAAUGCAACUGGGUCGGACACGUCGCCCGAAUCAGUGAUGCGAGGUGGACGAAGAGAUUACUUGAGUGGAGGCCGAGAUUAGAAAAAAAAAGUAGAGGAAGACCACCUACUCAUUGGACUGACGAUCUCAAGAAAAUGUCAAGAAAUUGGAUGCAAAGUGCUCAAAAUAGAGCAAAAAGGACAAAAAUGAGGGAGGCCUAUGUCCAGCAGUGGACGCAAAGAGCUGGGUGAUGAUGAAUGAUGAUGAUUUUAGGGUUGGAGCUCACCCGCGACGCCAAUUUCCAUCGUUAUAUCUUCAAAUUUGGAAUGAGUUUUGGGAACAUGGUAAAAAUGUAGCAGCAGGGGGUCCACCGAAACCAGUAAAUUUUUAAAGGGGUCUACGAGAAAAAAUAGUUUGGGAACCUCUGGUCUAAAUGAUAUGUGAUGCGAAAAUCCACAAUAACAUUCAUUUUAGUAUUUUGAUUCAAAUAAGCUUAUCAUUUAAAUACAAAAUAUAUGGUUUUUUAAAGUUACUUAUUUAAAAAAAUGUACAAGGUACAAAUGCACCUAUGCCGUCGUUUAUGGGGGUAGGAAAUAUUUCAGCCUCCUUCUGUGAACUGAAUAAGGAUUUUUUUUGUUAUAUUUAGCUCACAUAAUCUACUGGAUAAAUGUAGAGAUGUCACAAAAGUUCAAGUCUCUACCUAUUUGAAAAAAAGGUUAUCACAAUUUGAAAACUCAAAAGUUACAAUUGUACCUAUGCCGCCCGAUGAAGGUUAAAAAAUAUUAAUACAAAAUUCACAUUUCUAGGAAAUAACUUUCAUUUAAUUGUUUAUUAAAUAACAGUAUAAUGUUGCCUAUUUAAUAUCACUGUUAUAAGUAACAUGAAACAAUAAUCUGUACCUAUUUUCUUUGCUUUUACAUUUACAGGAUAAUCGUCAAUACGAUAUGUUUCGUGUAUCUUAAUCCAAUUACUACAAUAGCCAUGCUAUUGCUAUAUUUUUCCAAAGUUAGUUGUUUUUCAUGAUCGUACCUAAUCCAUGCCUUUUUCAAGAUAAUCAAUGCAUUGUACCUGAAUAAUUGUUUUCAUGAAUAUUAUUUAAUACUGUACAUUUAAUCUAAUUAAAUAUAAUUUUAAAAAUGAUUACAAGAUAAAAUCGAGACUGUAUCAAUGAUUCAAGAGUGAAGAAAAAACUAAUAAAGAAUCUGCAAAAAGUUAUUAUAGGGACACCUAAACUGUGACCUGAGAGAUCGAAAAUGAAACACCCAUUAAAGAUCAAAUCAUUUUUAUAUAUCGUUGAUUGGGAAGAAUAGUAUGAUAUUUCAAAAACAUUAGGUUUACAGAAAAGGCAAUUAAAGAUUGAGAUGGGUUAUGAGAUCGGAUUACUUAAGCAAUACAAUAUUAAAUAUCCUUUUUAUCAGAAUAGUUAAAACUUACAGUAUUAACUGACAAUAUGGGUUUUACAUCCAAUCCAUAUACCACCCCCAACUCAUAUUUUUCAUCCCCAUUUUGAGUUAUAAUACUUUUCUCUAUAAAAAUGUUGUACUAUUUCACAAAUAUCAGGUUAUUAGGGACAAUAAAACGGAACAGUUUAAAUGUUUUAUUAUAGUUUAAACAACAAUUAAUGAAAAAAAUCGCAGUUAUAGUACAAUACCAAUAUAAAAAAAUAAAAAAUUUGGGCCCCCAUUAAAAAAGUGAAAGUUUCUACAAGUUAGCGUAAAAAUCCCUAUAGUAUUGUGGCAUAACCGCUACAUUUUUUUUCAAGAAGAGAGAGCAGGCCAGCUUUCUUUUUUCACUCAUUCCCACUUUUUUCUUGUAAGCUUGUUUUAGAGUAAUGUCACGUGCUGAUGGAAGUCGUCGUUUGCUUUGAAGACUCAUCAGAGGAUGAUGAACACGUACUGGAAGAAUAAUUUGGGUCGCCCGAGGUGUUAUCAAAGACUGAAAUACUAGAAGACCUGGUUGAUAUGGAAGACGAAGAGCUGCUACUGUCCUUUUCACGCUCCCUACUGAUUGUAAACGUUGGUCCUAUUUCAUCUUCAGUACCUGUGGUUUCGUCGAUAGUAGGACUUUUUUGGUUUUCUUUGUUUUCAAAAUCAACAGCCAUAUGAAAAUAUUGCCAACUAUAUGUAGUUGGACUUUUUGGUUUUCUUUGUUUUCAAAAUCAACAGUCAUAUAAAAAUAUUGUCCCUAUUGUUUUUCAGCUAAGAGAGAAGCAAUUUUAGACCUUUCAUUUAUAAAAGUAGUUUCUUGUAACUAGAACUUCUUUCUUGCUUCUAGAACAAAAUACAUAUUAGCUAUUAGGUCCAUAAAAAUUGUGCAAUCAACGCACAUAUUUAUUAACUCUUUUCUGUACACUGGAUGGAAAUUUAAACCACUUACUAAGCUAUUUUUAUCAAUUUACACCUACGCGAGAGGUUUGUAUUAGGUACUUAUUUUCUCUGUUCCUAUGAAGUAAUGUUAUCUUUAAUUGAUGAAAUUCCCACAGUUUAGAUUUCGGCUUACACUCGAAUGUUUAUCAGUUUGUUGUUUCUUGAAAAAUGAAGUCAUUUAACACGGGCAAUCGAAUAAAUCUAUGAAAAAUCUCGUGCUGCAAAGAGUUUUAGAAGAAACGAAAAUCCUAGUUUAAGUAUCUAGUAAGAAAAAAAAUAUUUUAAGGAAUAGAAUAAUAAAACCAAAUAAUUUCUUGGAUUUGAGUUAAAUUAUGUCGAAGAUAAUGUUAACUAAAAAUAUCACGUUAUACUUAGGGCAAAAUUAUAUUCAGAGGUGUACUUAUUUUAUUCAAAAGUAUCAUAUUAUUUGUAAUCAUCAUACUGACCAAAAUUAUAAUAAAAAUAAAUGCUUACUUGUUAAAGAAGAGUAUGAUAUUUUGAAAUAUAAUUCUCUUGCUCCAAAAAUAUUCACUAAUAAGAUGCAAGCAGUGUUAAUCUUUUGACUUAUAAUAGUAUUGAUUAAAUAAAAAUGACCUAAACUUAGCACGAACUGUAGACAACUGAGUUACCCGAGUCUUCUCCACAGCGGUUGUGUGGAAGUGGGACAUGCCAUAGUUGGUCAUAGAGCUCUCUAGUGCUUGUCGUUUAAACUGCACUUACAAUACUUUUCUCCAUGAUAGAUCUAUUCAUUCUGAGUAGUUUUUUGAUAUAAACUAAAAAUGAACGAUUUUUGACUUAUCAUACUAUUCUUCCCAAUCAACGAUAUUUUUUUCGCAAAUAAAUGGUCUUAUAUAUUACUUACGUCAAAUAAUCAAUAUUCCACAAUAAUUUUCUUACACUUUACCUGGUGGAGGAUAAAUGCAAGGAAUUAAAAGAGUUGAUUGAAAAACAUGAUACAUUUAAUAUGUUUAAAAAAGUUAAAGAAGUAGCUGGUCUUUAUCAUAAGAAAACUCUACACACUAUAACCGAUUCGUUGGGAAAAAUAAUAAAAUAGACGUACACAAAAUUCGAAUAACCUGGUAUAAUUAUAUAAAUGAACUGUAUUAUGAUGAUAGACCCGAAGAACUGGAGUCUUUAGAUGAAGGUGAAGGACCAGAAAUACUACAUGCUAUAAAAUUGGCAAAAGACAAGAAAGCCCUUGGUCCUGACAACAUACCGACAGAGAUGUUAAAGCUCAUUCAUGUGGAAAACAUUGGAAUACUGGUCAAACUUUUCAAUGAUGUUUAUUCGACUGGUGAUAUCCCCGAAGAUUGGUUAAAGUCAGGAUUCAUAACCGUCCCAAAAACAACGUCCUAAAAACUGUAGCGAUUAUAGAAUGAUAAGCCUUAGGAGCCACACUGAAAAUAUUUAUACGUAUUAUCCACAGUAGAAUCAGAGAUAAAUGUGAAGAAGACCAGGAUGAAACACAAUUUGGCUUCAGAAAUGGACUGGGAACCCUGGACGCACUCUUUGCACUAAAUGUAUUAUUGCAGAAAUGCCGAGAUCAAAGGAAAGACGUCUUUGCUGUAUUUAUUGACUAUGAGAAGGCCUUUGAUCGAGUACUACAUCACAAAUUAAUUACGAUAUUAAAGGAUAAAGGAGUUGAUAAUCGAGACGUAAAUGAUAGCUUGCGCAAAUGGAAAAUCAACAGAAACAUGUAAAAUUCAAAGAGGUGUCAGACAGGUUUGUAUACUGUCCCCACUGUUACUUAAUUUAUAUUCAAAUAGACUAUUUAAAGAAGCGAUGCAUAAUUUGGAAUGGGGCGUGACAGUUAAUGGAAUUCUGAUAAAAAGAAUCAUACAUGCAGAUGAUACAGUUAUUUUAAGUGAUGACAUGAAUGGAUUACAAUGCUUUUUAAAAGCGAUUGACAAAGUGGGAAAAGAGUUUGGCCUAAACGUAAACUGUUCAAAACAAAAUAUAUGGUGUUUAGCCGUUUAGCACAUUAAGAUUCACGGUUAUAUGUUGAUGGUCAAAUAAUUCAAAGAGACUCUAGUUUUGAAUAUCUUGGUUGCCAUAUUACUGAACAAUUAGAUCCAGAUAAAGAGAUAAAAUGUAGAAUCGAGACAUUCUUCUAUAAUGAUAAAUUGUAACUUCAACUUCGAAAGCGUAUGAUUAAAUGUUACAUUUGGUCAGUCCUCUUAUAUGGCGUCGAAGCAUGGACAUUAAAAAUAUCCACCAUUAAUCGUUUGGAAACCUUUGAAAUUUGGCUGCACAGAUGUACAUUAAAAAUACCAUGGACGGCUAUACUGACAAAUGUGGUAGUCCUUAAGAGAGCAAAUGCUACUCGCGAGCUGCUUGAUAAUAUCAAAUGUAGAAAGAUGGCCUAUUUUGGACACGUAGUAAGGGGAGACCGAUAUAGUAUUCUUCAACUUAUUAUGAUGGGUAAAAUAGAAGGACGCAGAGGAAUUGGUAGAAAGCAGGCCUCUUGGUUGAAGAAUAUCAGGGAGUGGACAGGUAUAAAGAAAGCAGAGCAACUAUUUAGAAUAGCUCGAGACAGAGACAGUUUCGCCAUGUUAAUCGCCAACUUCAAGGGGACUUAAUAGGGCACGUUAAGAAGAACACUUUACCCAUAAAGCAGGUCAAUGAAUAAAUUGUGGUCCCUCUCUACUUCACACUCCUCAAUUCUUCUAAGUUUGUCUCAUAUCCAAAGAAUGAAAGAUCAGGAGGUUUAGGUGAUCAGGAAGGAACGUAGCCUUGAGAGUCAUAAAGAAACCUAGUAGCAACUGUUAUUGUUUGAUGUCUCAUAUUAUCCUGUUGGGAAAAUGUAAUCCUGUCUAUAACCGGGAAUCAGAAUCGGCCGUUAUACACAGGUGGUCACUUUAUAGGAGUGGUCACUUUUAGAAGUUUUACUGUGUAUCAUAUAUCGAUAAGUACCUUUAUUUUAUUUUGUAAUCAGUUUCGACUUUCCAGAUUCUAUCCAGUUUUCUAGGUUAGGUAAUAUUUAUACAGUGAUGGGCGCGCUAAUAACCGGCAGAAUAAUGUCACUGUGACAGUGACAGUUUUAGUCGACAUACCUACUCAUCUGUCUGAUACGUCUAAAGAUGGGAAACAAUAAAUAGAAUGUAAAUUUAUAGGUUUCUCAUUUCUUUUUAUCUCACAACUUAAUAUGUUUUCCAUCUUUUGCGUUAUUUUGUCGGUUAUUAGCGCGCUCAUCACUGUAUACCUGUUUUAUUAGCAAGAAAUAAUAAUAUAAUAUACCAACUGUUCAUAAAAAGCCAAUGUCUUCCCCAAACAAUUUCCAAAUAAAAUGUAUUUUAAAAUAUAGUCUACACUUAAAUACAGUUAUAAAAAUAAUAACUAUGUAUCUUCAUUUAUAAACUUCAUAUUUAGUGAUGUCAACUUCCGCCUUAAAAUUUUGUUCCACGAUUAUUUAAAAUAUAUUAUGCAGUUUCGCGGUAAAGUUAAUUUGUAAAUUGUGGUGUAAAUAUUUGUUGUCUAUGACGUUAUUUAUUUGCGUGUGUUAUUGCUAUUUUAUUAUAUUAAUAAUUAUUAAAAAGAUUGUUGAUUUUG